AUGUCUCCACCACCUUCACCAAAAAAGAGUGCAGAUGUUAAUACUUUAGGGAAGCCACCACUUUCACGUGCAAUUAACACGUUACUAAAUGAAACAACACCAAAAUCUAAAGAACUAGUUGAGAAAGCAAUUAAACCCAAGAAUAUUGUAAAAAACAAGCCAAUUAACACAAUUAACGCAAUUAACGUUAACGUUAACGUUAACCAUCAAAACGGGCACAUGACAGAUGAUAAUCACAUGACUAAGUUCCAUAAAAAUCAUACAAUUAAUAAAAUUCGAAAAAUUCGCAAAAAUCCAUACCCAAUAAAAUCACCAACAAAAUCAUCACCAGGAAUUACAUUCAAACUUGAUGUAUUUACACCUUUUAAAGAAGAUCCUAUGGCACUUUUACAUAUAAAUAAACCAUAUCAAACAUUAACAUCAGAAUGCAGUACACCUUCAUUAACAUCUAUUACAUCAUCACCCGAAUCAACACCACCAUCAAGUCCUAGACCUACACAACAAAAUAUGGAUAAGAAACAACAAGGUAAACGACAAACAAAAACUAAACGAUAUAAUGUAACAUCAGUAGAAAGAAAAAGAAAGAGACAACCACUUACGAUUUCACAUUUACCACAUUUCAAUACUUUACAUAAUAAAGAAGUAGAAGUAGCAUCUACCUUACGACUUACUCCAGUACAAUAUUUAACAGCAAAACAUACUUUGGUCUCGGCUGCUCAACGUUAUUUUCAAAAGUCUCUUCCUUUUCGAAAAAGUGAUGCUCAAAAAUUAUUGAGAAUUGAUGUAAAUAAAGCUAGCAAACUUUGGGAAUUCUUUCAACAA